AUGGCUGAGGAGAUCGCCAAACCGACUAACCGAUAUGCCAUCCUGUUGGCCAUCUUCAUUGCAUUCGGAGGUUUCCUCUUUGGAUAUGAUAUCGGUGUCAUCUCAGGAUGUUUGAUCAUGCCGGACUUCAUAAGAAGGUUCGGAGAGCAGGCAGACGACGGAACAUACUUCCUCUCCAGUUCUCGAACGUCGAUCAUUACUUCGCUUCUAUCUGCCGGGACCUUUGUCGGCGCCAUUGCACAGGCGUUCACAUCUGAUCGCUUUGGACGUCGUGCAUCGAUCCUUUCGUGGUCUGGAAUUUUCACCAUUGGUGUUAUUAUCCAGACAGCUACUGAGUACUCCGUCGCGCAAAUCACGAUCGGGCGGUUUGUCGCAGGACUAGGAGUGGGCGCGCUUUCUGGAAUUGUCCCGCUGUACACGGGUGAGACAGCACCAAAGGCUUUGAGAGGAACGCUCUUGGUUUUGUAUCAGCUGCAGAUCAUCUUUGGCUUGUUCUUGAGCUAUGUAUUCGACUUGGCAACGCACCAUAUCCCCAAUUCUGCUUCAUGGAGAAUACCCAUUGGACUUCAGUUGGCUUGGGGCCUCGUGAUGCUUUCCGGUAUCUUCUUCCUUCCCGAAUCUCCCCGACACCUGUUGGGUACCAAUCGCCGCGAGGAAGCUCGCAAGGUCGUCGCCCUUCUGAACGGACUCUCAGACACUCCCGAAAAACCCUCUCCACUUGUCGACGAACUCUUGGGCGAGCUUGAAUAUGCCAUCCACGCUGAAAACGAAGGCGGAGAAGCAACAUGGAUGGAAUGCUUCAGCAAGAGGAAUACGCUAUGGAAGAGAACGAUGAACGGGAUGAUGUUGCAGUUCGUGCAACAAUUGAAUGGGCAAAACUUCUAUUACUACUAUGGUGAUACGUUCUUCCAGAGUGCUGGAACGAGACUUUCGCCAUAUGUCAUUCAGGUCAUUUUGGGAGCAGUGUCCGUGGUUGGGACUGUCCCUGCGUUGAGGUUCAUCGAGACGUGGGGUCGUCGACGCCUGCUGUUAACUGGAGCUCUGCUUCAAGCUGGAUGCUCGAUCAUCGCUGGGCUUGUGGGACAUUUCACGCUUGCACCCGAAGGGACGCCUAUUGAGGAGCUCACCAAGCGUAACAUCCAAGGAGGAGACACACUGAUCGCGUUUGCUGUCCUUCACGUCUUUGCAUUUGCAAUGUUCUGGGGACCCACACCAUGGGUCUACCUCGGCGAGUCCUUCCCUCUCCGUGUACGACCAAAGGGCAUUGCACUGGGAAGUGCCACGAACUGGUUCUGGAAUUUCCUGCUGUCAUUCUUUGCACCAAGGAUCGCGGAAAAGAUUGGCCCACUCAUCUUACUGAUCUUCUGCGGCAUGCUUAUCUUCGGAUAUGUCUAUGUCUACCUCUUCAUUCCUGAGACAAAGGGACUGACACUUGAAGAGGUCGAUGAGCUCUACAGAUCGAAUGUCAAGCCCUGGAAUUCGGUGAAUUGGAAACCCCAUUUGAGUGAGGAGGCUCAUGGGAAGGUGCUGGAGAAAUUAGGAAAGAGGGAGACGGAAGAUGAACAGAAGGAGAAGGUCGACGGACGAGAGUAA